GGAAUUUUAUUAUAUUUUUCUUUCCACUAACUUUUUUACGCUUCCUCUAAGUGGUUUUCUGUUCAGACAGGGAAAAAAACCGGCCAGCGGUUUUCACGACACCUGGAAAGCGAACGCUGGGGCUCCGUUUUCUCGAGAAAUCGUUUUCUCAUGAAACAAACAGUUGUCUUUCUCUGUUUUUCUUAGCGAGAAAACUGUACUUGUUUUUUGGAGGUCUUAGUUUUGUUUGAGUGAAAAUUGAGAGAAACUUCUGUACUACUGCUUUAGCUCAGCAAAUGUGUAAAGGCUUGUGACUUAAUACUUUCAGUUAAACCUUCAAAAGUGUUUAUCGGAGCAUGGGAGUUGUUGUUACAGAUGGUGGAAUGAGGAUCUAGAUUUGACAAAAAUUGGUUGUUGGUUUUAGUGAUCUUGAAUAUUUGUGGACUUGUGCAUGGAAACAAGAGAAGGAUUAACUUCAGGGGUUACAGUGAUAGGAGCUGAAGCUCCAUCAACUUAUCAUGUGGCGCCAAGGACUGAAAAUCCUAGCCAGAUGGCCGGGUCACCAGCAGUGGCUGUGUCACCAGUUAGUGUGGGAUUGACUGGAACGACAGAAAAGAAGAAGAGAGGUAGGCCUAGGAAGUAUGGACCGGAUGGGACAGUAGCUAGGGCAUUGUCGCCAAUGCCAAUUUCUUCUUCAGCUCCACCUGGUGGAGACUUCUCUGCUGGAAAGCCGGGUAAAGUUUGGCCAGGUAGUUUUGAGAAAAAGAAGUACAAGAAAAUGGGAAUGGAGAAUUCAGGUGAUUGGUCUUCUACUUCAGUUGGUACAAAUUUUACUCCUCAUGUCAUCACUGUCAACGCUGGAGAGGAUGUUACCAUGAAGGUUAUAUCAUUUUCACAACAAGGACCUCGAGCUAUUUGCGUUCUGUCUGCUAAUGGGGUAAUUUCUAAUGUUACUCUUCGCCAAUCAGAUUCUUCUGGCGGUACUUUGACAUAUGAGGGCCGCUUUGAGAUACUUUCUUUGUCUGGAUCAUUUAUGCCUACUGAGAGUCAGGGCACAAGAAGCAGAUCAGGUGGGAUGAGUGUCUCUUUGGCAAGCCCUGAUGGUCGUGUUGUAGGAGGAGGUGUUGCUGGACUUCUAGUAGCUGCUAGCCCCGUGCAGGUUGUGGUAGGCAGUUUCCUACCCGGCAAUCAGCAAGACCCGAAACCAAAGAAGCUAAAGAUUGAUGCAGUACCAGCUGCCAUUACAUCUGCCCCAACCAUAGCUUCUGCUCCUGUAGCUGCUGCAUCUAAUCCGGAAAGAGAGGAGAGUAUGGGUGGAAAUGGACAUCAAAAUUCCUCUUCCUUCCGGAGAGAAAACUGGACUGCUAUGCAAUCAGUGCAGGACCUGAGAAAAUCGGGAACUGACAUCAAUGUAUCUUUGGCAGAAGUUUAAUUUCGUAUGUCCAUGCCUUUGAGCAUAACUGACUACAUUGAUGGAUACUGGUAUUCCACACGAGUUAUAUGGUGCUCAUAUUAUCUAAAUUAUCUGUAAGCUUAUUGAACCAUUGCUUUAGUAUGAAGUAGCUGGAUAGGAGAACAGAUUGUCAGGCUAAUUAAAGUAGGCUUCUUUUAGUUUGCGAUGAGUAGAGUAUUUGGAUGUGAACAAUGCUGGUUGCCUUUUAUAGCUGCGUUUGUUAGUGACGAUUCUCUCAAAUUGGCCAAAUUUCUAUUGCUUCAGAAAGAAAGGAAGACACUGAUAUGGUGA